CUCUUAACUGCUGAGCCAUCUCCGUCCCCUAUUGAAUCAAAUUCACUGGCUACAGGUAGCUGAGGUUGGCCUUGAACUUCCGAUCCUCUCAAGUGUGGGGAUGACAUGAUGGGUAUAUGGUACCAGGCUCAUAUGGCAUCCCACCUGAGCUUCACACCCAACCCUGUGUUUGUCGUCUCCCCACACUCAGGACUGAAACAACACAGCCGAAGGCCGCUCCCAGGUACCGUAAUUGAAGGAUGGAGAGUCAGAGUCAUGGACUAUGUAACAAGACAUAACACUGUUUCAAAAAACAAAAACAAACAACAACAACAAACCCUACACCAGACAACAAACCCACAUCAGGGCAGUGAGAUGGCUUAGCUGGCAAAGUGCCCGACAACCUGAACUUGGUCCCUGGAAUGCACGUGGGGGAAGGAAGGACCUGCCUCCUGUAAGGUCUUCCAAACUCCACAGGUAAGCUGUGGCACACUGCCCCACGCCAUUAUGUAAAUAAACGUAAUGAAAAAAUAUGUAAGCUGGACAUGGUGGGCACAUCUUUAAUCUGAGCAUCUGGGAGGCAGAGGCAGCUGGGUUCUGUGAGUUUGAGGCCAGCCUGGUCUACAGAGCAAGCCAGGGCUACAUAGUCUCAAAAAACAAAAACAAAUUAGGUCAAGUCAUAAGGUUCCGGAUGACCCAAAGGGGAGGUGGGGAGGAAGAAGGAAGUGAGAGAGAAAGGGAGGAGCGGAAUAGGGGGGAGGGAGGAAAGGUAGAAGUUGAGGGAGAUCAACAGACACAUGGGAAGCCCUGCACUGAACAGGAGGGAACCUGAGGACCAGGGACUAGAAGGUCCUUCCCAGAAAACACAGAGCGCCUUGGGGGAGGGGCAACCUGGGAAAUAGCUGCUUCCAGUUCUCUCCGGGAGACUGGAGUCCACCGAGGACCUGGGCUGCAAGUGGGUUCUUUAAAUCUAGGCUCCACCUUUGCUCAGAGUGGGCUCUGGGGAGUAUUUAUAAGGGGGUGUGCCUCCUGUCUGCUCCACAGAGCUCCUGCCGCUCCUGCCCUCUGACCUCACGGCCUGUCCCCCCAGUCCCCCCCUAGUGCCCACAGCCACCAGCCACAGAGAGGUGUCAUGGACUUCCCACCCUUUGAUAUGUGGAGGGACUACUUUAACCUGAGCCAGGUGCUUCUGGGUUUAAUUCAAGGCUGGGGGCAGAGACUGGGGGAUGAGGGGGACAAGAAACUCAACCCCAGGCCCGAGGAGACGAGAGAGGAGGGCCUGGGGGUCUUGUCCGGAAACCCGGCUGCCCUGUGCAACUUCUGCAAGCACAACGGAGAGUCCCGCCAUGUCUACGCCUCCCACCAGCUGAAGACCCCUGAGGGUGUGGUGGUGUGCCCCAUCCUCAGGCACUACGUGUGUCCUUUGUGCGGGGCCACCGGGGACCAGGCUCAUACGCUCAAGUAUUGUCCGCUCAACAGCAGCCAGAAGUCCCUUUACCGUCGCAGUGGACGGAACUCUGCUGGCCGCAAAGUCAAGCGAUAAGUAAGACCCUUCGGGUACCUACCACCUACACCCCAAAACCCUCCUAGCCUCUGACCCUAGUUCCAUCUCCUCUGCUCACCCAGUCCUCUGGGGGUCCCUGGAUCCCAGUGUUCUCUACUUUCAGGAUCAUGAAACAAAGGGAGGUGCUGGCAGGUGGGACCACUUGUCUCAGAUUCCUGAUACUGGGAGAGCCUUUCUCCAGGGACCGCGCCUCUUGGUGGCUUCCUUUGGAUCGUGAGGGCCUGCUGGUGACACUAAGAUGGCCUCUUUGACUUCUCGGCUUCUCGAAAAGAUCCCUGGGGGGAUCCUUGGAUUCCCCACCAAGUAGAAUCGCAUUCAGUGUGCUCUGUGCUCUGACAGGCCUGCCUUCAGAACCCAGGGACAGUGCCAGAGACUGGCCCAGAAUGGCACUCUCAAGAACUUGAUAUUGGCACUGUGAUGCCGUCCAUCUAUCUUCACCUUCUUCAGCAUCUGCAGGCUCAGGUUUCCCCGUGGACCAUUCAAUAUCAGCCCUCAGUUCCUUGAACUAGAGGAGGGUCAGGGCCCUCUGGGAAGCCUGCCAGACCUUUGUAACUUCACAGACUGCCUCCUGCCUUGGGUGCUGAAGUCCACCGCUCCCCCUGCUUCAGCGUUAAUCCCAUUUCACUCUACUCCUGCCUCCAAACCCCAAUCACUGAUGGGUCCCUCCCCCCACCCUGUGAGAGAUGUUUGACACCCACCAUCUUGUUACUUGAGUGUGUUAGGUCAGUGUGUGUCCCACAGCCAAAAGAGUGAGACCCCGUCAGAACAGCGCCUGUUUGUAUUUUACUGUUAGGCUCAAGGAAGAACUCCAGUUGAGUUUGUUGUUCAUUAUUUAGCAGGCGGGCUUGGCAAUUUUAUGAGGAUGGGGCUGUGAACGCUGGUGAAUAAAGAGUUUUAGAGUUAGUUUUGAGACCCUAGUGCCUGUAAUCUUUUAACUUGGUUGGCCAACUUGGUAGGCUGUGCCUUUGGGAGACAGAAGUGAAGGAGGGGACUGGAAGGCUGCAUUUGCAAAACCCAGGGAACCAUUGGAGGAGCAGGAAGGAGUCCAGACCUGCACCCCAGGCCUGCCUCAUUGUCUUCCCACACAGGGCGUCUGUCUGGGGACACGUUCCCAAAUACUUCUCAGCUUCCACCGAGACACUGCUUUUUAUUUUUUUCUUUUUUAAUAAUAAUAAUUAAAAAACAAACAAACAAACCAGUGGAAAGGCCAGGUGGU